GACACAAGCCCAGAUUCAAAGCGAUCGAUGCGUUCUUGUGAUUUUAGUCGAGGGUGUUUAAUGAUCAUAAUGAGACUUGACGAGACGUUUUAGAAAUAGCCGAGCGAAUGAUUUGAUUCUGCAGGAUGAAGAUCUAGAUAGAUAAUGUUAGGUGAACGCUGAAGGUUUGUAGGUGAGAGACAUCACACACCUUUGAUCAUGCCAAGAACGAAAUGCGACGAGGAGUUCACUUUCGUCAGUCCAGGGGUGAAAUAUUUACUUUUCUUCUUCAACAUGAUAUUUUGGGUAAUUGCACUGAUCCUGAUAUCUAUUGGAGUUUAUUCCAGGAUAGUUAAACAUGAGGCAGCGCUGGCCUGUCUGACGGUGGAUCCUGCUCUGUUACUGAUGAUAGUGGGCAUUCUCAUGUUCUUCAUCACAUUCUGCGGCUGUGUGGGUUCUCUGAGGGAAAACAUAUGCUUACUGCAGACGUUCUGCAUCAUCCUAACUAUCAUCUUUCUGCUGCAGCUAGUGGCUGGUGUUCUGGGUUUUGUCUUCUCAGACAAGGCACGUGGAAAAGUAACAGAAAUGGUUGACAACGCCAUCAAGCAUUACAGGGAUGAUAUAGAUCUUCAGAACCUCAUCGACUAUGGACAAAAACAGUUUAACUGCUGUGGGGGAAUCUCCUACAUGGAUUGGUCUCAGAACAUGUACUUCAAUUGUUCAAAAGAGAACCCGAGCAGAGAGCGUUGUUCUGUGCCCUUCUCCUGCUGUCUGCUCUCCAAAGAGGAGACUGUUAUAAAUACCAUGUGUGGUCAUGGGGUGCAGCAGCUGGAAUAUCUUGCAGCUAGUGCCUUCAUUAACACCAAUGGCUGCAUUGAUAAAGUGGUGAACUGGAUCCACAGUAACCUGUUUCUGUUGGGGGCUAUCGCACUGGGCCUGGCCAUCCCACAGUUGGUUGGGAUCCUCCUCUCUCAGAUCCUUAUUAAUCAAAUCCAGGAUCAGAUUAAACUACAGAAUUACAACCAACAACAUCGCUCAGACCCCUGGAGCUGAAACAGUCGAGAAAAAACUAAAUGCGUUUUUAUAGAAAGCUUGGGAACUCAUAGCUGCCUGAAGUGACUGACAUGGACUGGAUUCUGAAUAAGGAGAACUGGGCUUAAGAACAGGCAACCAAGACAUGUUUUCAUAUGUAAGGUCAAUUGCAUGAUAUUUUAUAAACCAGAAUAUUUAUAGGAAUAGUGUAAGACAAACUAAAGAUCAAGAGGUCAAUAAAACUAUUUUGUAAUAUUUUAUGAACACAAAAUGUUUUUAAGGUGUGUGAUCCUAGCAAAGGAUGGUGUGUAAACUAGUGAUAUUUAUUGAUUUCCAGUAUGGACAUUUAAAAAAAAAAACUUGUGUUGGUAGAUAUUAUGAACAUCUGAGAUCUAAAUAGAAAUGAAAGUAUUUUUAUUCACCAUUAUAUUUUGCUUAAAAAUUCACUUUAUAACAAGUCUAAACAGUCAUAUGUCCUUCUUAAUUUCCAUAUUAUUUCAUAUUAUUUAAGUAUUAUUUCAAAGGAUAUAUUUUUAAAAUGCACAAAACAUUUAAAGAGCAUUGCUUAUAUUAUAACAUAGCUCACUAAUCAACUCACUCCAUGCCAUUUGGCUGUGAUCUUUCUGGAAUGACUAAAUAUGGCCAUAAAAAAACCUGCUUAUAGUCUGAACAAACACAACAUGCUUGAGUUGGCCAGAGAUUCAAGUGUUUACUUUGCUGUUGAUACGCAGACAGUGGUGAGUGUCCUCCUUCCGUUUGUACAAUAUCCUGUUCAUUAUGGAUACACACAAUAAUGGAUGUUACUGUUUAUGUGGUGUUUUA